UUUAGUGGGAAACCCUGUAAUUAGCAAAAGUCUUAGUAGAAAAAAAUUUAUGAAAUUCUAAUAUAAAAUAAAGAUAAAUUCGUGUGAACGGUCAGAAUGUCGUCCAGAGUUCUGAAAAAAUUACAAGGUGACGAUUUGGAAUUUCAGCCAAAUAAUGAGGAUGAUGGCCAAGCAAGCGAAGAGGAAGAAGAACCAGAUACCAGAGGCAAAGGAAAAAAUAAAAACUUUUUUGAUUUGUUAAAUCAGCAAAGUUUAUCGGAAAGUGAGGUCAAAGAGGAUGACAACGAAACGGAGCAUGCUUCCGCGGCUGCCAGUUUGCCCGAUGGAAUGGUGACUUCUAAAAAGAAAAAAAAGAAGCGCAGGAAGAAGGCUAAACAUAGCGGAAAUCAUAUAAGUAGUGAAGACAAUGAGUUCACUGAUAAAUAUAUUAAUGAAAUGGAUCCUUUGCUUAAUAAAGUGUGUGAUGCAACUAUCCAGAAUCCAAAAUUAAAUACUUCACGGAUUGCUAUAGAUAAAUCAUUAUUGUCUGUAGAAUUAAAAAAUCUCAACCCACAAAAUGAAAUGCGACGUACAUUUGGCAAAAGGGUAGUAAAAAUAGAAAAUAAACGCGGUCGUCAAAAAUUGACUUUAAAAUCAACUUAUAUGGUAACCGCUAAAGAAUCUUGGCCGCCAAUUAUUAAAAACAUAGUAGCUAUGAAACCCACGCAAGCACCGGAACAUGCCACUACCAGCCAAUCAAGUAUUAUUGGUGAAGGCGACAAAGCCCAUUGGUUUGCUUUUGAACAUAGUCAAUAUUAUCAAAGUGUACAAAACUUAUUUUUGUCGGCUUUGGAGCGCACGGAUUCUGAUUUUCAAAUCAAUUUAAUCAGACGAUGCCCCUAUCAUGUAGACUCUUUGAUACAAUUAAGCGAAUUAUGUAAAAUGACUGAGGAUUUUUCAUUAGCUGCAGAGCUUAUUGAAAGAGCUGUUUGGUUGCUAGAAUCUUCUUUGCAUCCCAGCUUCAGUCUCACUAGCGGCAAUUGUCGUCUAGACUACAGACGUCAAGAAAAUCGCGCAUUCUUUGUGGUUUUGUUUAAACAUGCUCAAUAUCUUGAGGCGCGCGCUUGUUGUCGCACUGCUUUUGAAAUUUCCAAACUAAUCUUAAGCCUUAACCCAGAUGUGGACCCUUUAGCCAUGAUUUUGAUUAUAGAUUAUUAUGCUUUACGCAGCAAGCAAUAUAAUUGGCUUAUUAAUUUCUAUGAGAAGUAUGAUGCUGCACGUAAUCUAUCCCAGCUACCAAACAUGGCGUACUCCUACGCCUUGUCUUUGUUCUGUCAACAAGGCGAGAGUGAAAGUGCUGAUGAGGCUUUACAAUACGCUUUGCUGAUGUUUCCUGGCGUUUUGCGUCCUUUAUUGGAUGAACUCUCCGUGCAGACCGAUCAACGAGUAGUAACAAAUCCGUACUUCAAUUCAGACGUAUCGGGCAACCAACCUCCUGCUUUGCAUCAAUUGGUUUGCCUUUACAUAUGUCGAGCUAAAAUAGUAUGGCGUCAAAAUAAUAUACUUCAUUGGCUGGAACGUAAUGUAAAUAAUGCCCUUGAUCGCAUUGAAGCUAAAGAUGAGGUCAUUCGUGAGUAUUGUCAAAAAAGGGUUACCCGUUAUGUUCACCCACCGCGACCUAUACUUAGGCAUGUUGUAUUGUCUGACUUUAAAGAAAAAGUACCUUUGGCGCCUUUUGUUGCCAAAGAAAAGGAGGCAAUUAUGACAUAUGAUCCAUUGCCACCCUUAGACUCUGUCAAUUUCUAUGAGAGAAAAUCUUCAUCUAGUAGUCCGACUACAGCUACAAAUCGUUCCGUUUCCAUGUUCUUUCAAUCGCUAUUGCCAUCUUUCAACUUGGCUAAUACGCCGCCCCAGCAACAACAAAACGCUGCUGCUGACGUCGUAGAGCAGGCAGCUGGACGGGUAGGUGCAGUGGGAGCGGCGGUAGCAGUGGAAGAUGAAUUUGCUGAAGUUGACCGCCAUCUCCAGGCACUUAAUAUGAAUUUAGAGCAUGCCGCUGUUGAAGGUGCUGCUGAAGGUACCGAAGCUGGUGCUUCUUAUCGGGAGAUAACGCAAUCAUUGACCAAUAUUGUUGAAGCUAUGCGUGAUUUUCUGCAAAAUUUUCGUAUCGCUGAACAUAUGCAGCCUGGAGAAAAUGAUGAAAAUGGGACGACUGAGGAAGACACCAGCGACUACUUUGAUUGAAUGAACAGUCAUAUAAUCAAAUUAAAUUUAAAUUAAAUUAAUGGCUUUUAGUACUCUCAAAAAUUUCAUUUUGCACUUGAAGAUUUCCAAACGAUAAAACAAAUAAAGCAGAUAAAUAAUAGAAAACGUAAAAAUUUAAAUAUAUUACACACACAACUUAUAAUUAUCGUCGAAACUUACAUUCAACACUCACUUUUAGUUGGUUUAUCUUACAGAGAUUCCUUUGAUAUAUAUAUAUAUAUAUGUAUAUAUAUGUGCAUAUAUAUGCAUAUAAAGCUCUUACACAUACAUAUAAAAUGUACACCAUAAUUUGUUAAUUUGAGAUUGUUGAGAAAUCUCAUUUAAAUGAAAUAUUAUAUAAAUGAAUGUACUAAAAAAAAAAAAAACACUUAAAUUGUUACAAGCUUUUUUGUGUGGAGAGGGAAUUUAUCAUAUUCGAGUUUGCUGCAUAAUAAUUUUUAUUAAAUAUAUACUUUUUAGUUUUAUAAUAAAAAAAA